GUUGGUUGGUGUACUUUGGCUGUGUGAAGAGAAAUGUGCCUCUUCUCUUGUGUGCUUUUUUCGUGGCUCUUAACAACAAAAUGUUCACACUCUAAUUAAUUUAAUUUUGCCCAAGACUUCUCGUGUGCUGAAGAAUAAAAUAUCUAAAUAUACAGAGAGAAGAUAGAAAUUAAUCUUACCUCUGCGUGUGUGUCGAUGGUUCAAUUUGGAUGAGAAGAAGAGACGCGCGAACGUUUGAGAGUGUUGAAGAAAGUUUAUUUUCUAAAUUUUACAUAAUUUUUACUUGUGUUCAUACAUUAUUAAUUACCACAAAUACCAGAAUGUGGAUCAUAUUUUAUGGAUUAGUUGAAAUUAUCUUGUACUUUUGGUUCAUUUUCAUUGCGCUCGAUAUGUUUGAGGUAAAAUGGAAAUGCGAUGUGUGAUCUUUCAUAACCAACUGGAAGACGCGACAAGAAGUGUGUGACUUCAAUGUUAUUCCCUGUCUUUGCAGCUCUAUAUUGUUGGUGGAAAUUCCUCGAGGCACCGCAGAAGACUCUACCGUCACGGCUAUCCGUCGACAAGUCAUUUGCUGCAGUACUUGGCUCACCUACCUGCCACACAAACUCCUCUGUUGGAUGGACGACUACUGAGGCACGCCUUAAGGAAUGGACAAUUUGUGAAUGACUUCGUGCAGCCGCACCAAGAGAACAUAAGUCAUUUGUAGCGUUUGAAGCUGCGCGAUUGACAGAGAGCAUUUAGGAGGCAGAAGUACAAGGAAAUUCAGUGGGGUGAUAAAGAUAGUAGCAGUUGAUAAAAUUAGCCUUCACAUUGACGCAUUUGCUAGAGCUCAUUGUGUAUAUGCUACACAAGUAAUAACUGACACACAUUUGGAGUCAAAGUAUAAAUAAUUGUAAAUAAUAUUGCCAGGAAUAUUUAUAUUGUGUAUGAGAGUUGCAAAACUCAAAAAUAGCUCUUUAUAUAGUGUGACAAAGACUCAGACGAGAGUGAGUUUAUUAUAUGAGACAAGUUGCAUCGUCCUUGUCCUUGCCGCGACUGUGUAUUGUCAAUUAGCGUCAUAGAAGAUUGUAGAAUUGCUCUGAGAGAUGUUCUCAUUCCACAAACCCAAAGUCUACCGAUCAACGCAGGGAUGCUGCAUCUGCAAAGCCAAGUCUAGCAGCUCUCGUUUCACGGAUUCCAAGAAGUAUGAGACGGACUUUAUUGAGUGUUUCCAGCUGACUGCACCGCGAAAGGGUGAAAUAUGCAACGCGUGCGUGCUGCUGGUGAAGAGAUUCAAGCGUCUGCCGCCGGGAAGCGAGCGCCACUGGGGCCAUGUUGUGGAUGCUCGCGUUGGACCGGGACUCAAGUCCAUGACCAAGUUCAAGAAGCGCAAGGAGGAGUCGAUGCAGCAGCAGCAGAAGCAGGAGCAGAAGGUGAAGAAGGAGAAUUCAGUGGCAGAUGGUGAGACAACACAGCGAAUUGGAUCUGCUCAGCGCUUCUGCAAGAUCUUCAAGAAGAACAAGAAGAAAAAGACCAACGGCGAGAGCUCAAUUGGAGGAGGCAGUCAUGGAUCGUCGGAUGAUGUGUCCUCACCCUCGAGUCCGCUGUCGUAUGGCAGCGAUGGGGAGGACAGUGCAGUGAAGGCGAGGAAGAGGGCUGCGAUGGGGAGUUUCGAUAAUCUCAAGAACUUCGUUACGAACGAGUUCACAAAUGGAUACAGGAAUGACAACAUUGGGCGACGGUCUCUGCUGCGGAAGGACUAUCGUCCGGUGAAGAAUCGGUCGGUGAGCACAAACGGGAUCCUGCGAGAUAUCCAGGAGGAUGAAUUGUGGACCAAGACGCAAAUGUGCUGCGGUCCUGUGUAUGAGAACAAGGAUCUGUCUGCGAUUAUUGUGGACAUGAGUUGCUUGAAGGUGUGCAGGGCUCAUCGGAAUGAUCAGGUGUGCGCUAAGAAGUCGCCUGUCGGUUUUGGUGCAAUUGCUAUCAAGAAGCAUCACUUAUUCUCAAAGGCACGAGGAAAUCUGAUGGACUUCGCCACGGUCACCAGCGGCCUGGCUCAGCCGAUCGUGAUGGAUGUGGGCAAGAGCAGCUCGCUGACUUGUCCAACCCUGGCGCCGAGUGCAAAUGCUCUGAUGAAGCUCAAGGGUGAAGCUGGGAAGGUGGUGAAGGCCAAGGAGUAUAACUUUGUGAAGAACAUCGUGAAGAUAUGCAAUGAGACAAAGACACCAACGAAUAAGACGAAGACACUGGAGAAAGUCUUGAGUGCCACGGAGAAUCUGGGGAACAAGUUCAGUGAUAAUUCUUCUGAUUCUGGCUAUGAGGAACUGCCGAAUAUGUUGGACUCGAAGAAUCCGCUGAUCACGCCGUCUGUACGCAAUGGUGUAAUGCAAAAUGGAAUGAUUAUUGGAAUGAAUCAAAUCACUCUGCCACAGACACAGCCAAUUUCAUCAACUACAUUCAAGAGAUCUCCUGGAAGAAUACACACUGAUCGUGUUGAAACUGUCAUUUAUGCCCGGACGGGUUUGUAAACUGCACUUACUGGACACGCUGCGGGACAUUGCUUGAUGAAUAUUGGAAUGAUAAACAUAUUGGACACUAACUCCACUAUCAGCAAAAAUAUGAUUCUCAUGAGAGAAAUUAAUUAUGGAAAAGAAACUAUUAUAAAAUUUUAACACCAUUUUAUCUCUUUCAGUAUUUAAUUAUCUCAUUUUAAUUAAAAACAAAACAUGUAUGUAUUUAUAGAGAAAUGCAAGAUGGGGGAAAAUAAGAAUACUUACAAUUAUAUGGAUUAGUUUAAUUUUGAGUGAGAUAUUAGAUUUAUUAUUGGACUAACGAUGAUGGAAAUACUUGCAAUCGGUUUCCGUUUGUUUUGGGUUGCGAUGAAAAGCAAAAAAAAAACUGUAUGAUUGUAUGUAAUCUAUUAGUGAAAAUUUUAUAUAUAGAAAUUAUAAAGAGAAGAAUAUAAUUUUAUUUGUGUAAAUUAUAUAAGGUAAAAUGAAUGGACUCUCUAUAGAGACUGAUUGUAAGGUUAUUCAUUAAUAUUAUUUUUUACAUACAAAUUUUUACUAUCCUAGGAUCAAGUCUUGAAAACAAUUAUUGAAAUAAUAUCCAAAAUUAUAGUAUAUGAAAGAAAUUAACGUAAUUGUCUAUGCAAGGUAUGUCUGUAUCUUGGAAUGUUUGUAUUAGGUAGUUUCUUGCAGUGGCAAUUAAAUUGUUGUCAUGUUUAUUAGGUUUUGAAUAGUUCUACUUUGAGACAUUAUGGUCUGCAGAGUAAGAAAAAAGUAGCAUAAAUCAUGAUUGAGAAGGACUAUGUUCGUUUCUAACUGCAUUUUUAUAUAAGUACGACCAUUCUAAAUGAAGCACUGCAUGGAGAAAAAUAUCAAUUGCUACUGCAGAUUCACCUUUAUUAAAGAGGUAGUAAAACAAGAAGUGUUUAACGGAGACACAGUGAAUGUCUAUUGAAUAUUAAACGCAUUUUGAGAUUAUAGUGUAAACAGAGAAAACAACAAUAAAGGAACAUUUAAUUGUAGUUCACUAACUGGGAGAAUGUAAACCAAUAAGGAUUAUAAAAAGAAAAACUAAGAAAUGGCUAAAAACUUGUAAUAUCAAUGUAGAAUUUUUACCUAAACCAUGAAUGUCAAAAAAAUGACUGCCAUUAGGUAAAUUUUAAUGUCUUAAGUGCAAAACUAAACUCUACGAGAAGAUUAUCAUGAACAUUUUAGGUAUCCUGCACAUCCUGCAUACCUAAAUACUAUAUAAUUGUGUAGAAAUAUGAAUUUUAGAAAUCUCAAGAUGAAUCACCUUUUUAUCUUUAUACAUUGUAAAACGAGAUAAAACUAAACUAAAGCAAUUCAAAAAUCA